AUGUCUUCGCUGACCGUCACCAGAAGCGCUAUUGAAAGGGCGAAGCGAUCGCGCGACUGGUCUUUGGGACUCUUCUUUCUUUUCUGCGUGGUUGGACUCUGGGUUUUAUCGUCAGUGCUGCUCAACGACCUGUUUGAGAAAGACAUCUAUUCAAAACCGUUUUUCAUCACAUGGAUAAACACUGCAUCCUUCGCGCUCUAUCUCAUUCCCUACCAUUUGUCAAACCACACGGAAUUUGAUCUCGAUGCAGAAUAUCUACCGCUGACUGUCAAAGAGACUAUCCAGUUGGCAUUCUGGUUCUGCACCUUGUGGUUCCUGUCUAAUUUAGUCACAAACGCAUCGCUACUAUACACCUCCGUGUCCUCCCAGACCAUCCUAUCAUCGACGUCGUCCUUUUUCACCAUGAUAGUUGGCGCUUUGUUCCUGAUUGAGCGCAUUAAUAAAACAAAGCUGGCCUCUAUCGUGAUGUCCUUUGUCGGCGUUGUACUUGUCACCCGCAACGAUGACCCGUCGCCAACCGAAACCAAACAAUACGUUGUUAUGGGCAAUAUUCUUGCAUUAUCGGGCGCCUUCCUGUACGGAGUCUACUCAAUAUUGCUCAAGCUGAAAAUCAAGAACGACAGCAGAAUCGACAUGAGACUUUUCUUUGGCUUUGUCGGUAUCUUCAACCUGCUAUUCUUAUGGCCACCGUUAGUUUUGCUGGACAAAAUGGGGUACGAGAAAUUCGAGCUCCCGCCAACCUCGUACGUGUAUUUCGUGGUCAUAUUCAAUUGUGCCAUCUCGUUUCUCGCGGAUUUCCUCUGGGCCCGUGCCAUGCUUCUCACGUCGCCAUUGACGGUCACGCUAGGUUUAUCGCUGACAAUACCAUUUGCCAUGGUGUGCGACUUCGUGUUCAAACACAAGGUCAACUCAGGGGUGUAUAUUAUGGGAGCGUUGUUUAUUUGCUUGUCUUUCUACUUUGUGAACAAAAGUGAAAGCGAGCAGUAG